AAGGAUUCCACCUGAUUGGGCUCUGGAGAGACAAAACGAAGGGCGAAGGGGAAGGAGGGAGAAAAUUUUCUUCUUCUUUAUUUUUUGUUUGAAGAAUCGCUGGUUUUGUGGGCUUCUUCGUCGUUGAUAUUCAGGUGGAGGAGGAGAGGAGAAGAGAGGCGAGUGGAGGGGAGAAGAACGAGCCGGAUGAUAAUUUGAAUAUCUGAAUCUGUUCUUCGUUUUUUCCCUCUCUCUUUCUCUCUCCUUGUGAAUCGGUGGGGAAGGGAUUUGAGAUUAGGGUUUGGGUGCUGGUGGCUCUGACUAGGCGAAAAUGAACGUGAUGCGCCGGCUCAAAAGCAUUGCUUCGGGUCGGACUUCGAUUUCUUCGGAUCCUGGUGGCGAUUAUGGACUGAAGAGAGCGAAGGUGGAUCAAGAGAAUGAACAAAUCUGCGGUGAACCUAUGCAGGUUGACCAAAAUGUUUCUGGUCUAGAGCAGAAUGCAGCCAUUAUAUUGCAAGAAAGUGUCGCGGGGGCGUCAAAUGACCCUGCAGCCGCAGAAAAGCCAGCCUAUGAAAAGCUUCCAGAUGUAAUGCUUGAAAUGAGAAUCAGAGAUGAGCGAAAUGCCAACAGUGAGGAGAAGGAUAUGGAAACAACUAUUGUAAAUGGCAACGGUACAGAGACCGGGCAGGUUAUUACUACGACAGUUGGGGGUAGAGAUGGAAUGCCUAAGCAGACAAUCUCUUACAUGGCCCAGCGAGUGGUCGGAACUGGCUCAUUUGGAGUUGUCUUUCAGGCAAAGUGCCUAGAAACUGGUGAACAAGUUGCAAUCAAGAAGGUUCUUCAGGAUAAAAGAUACAAAAACAGAGAGCUCCAGAUAAUGCGCUUGCUAGACCAUCCUAAUGCUGUGCGACUGAGACACUCGUUCUUUUCAACAACCGAUAAGGAUGAGCUGUAUCUCAACCUUGUCCUUGAGUAUGUUCCGGAAACUGUAUACCGAGCUUUAAAGCAUUAUACCAAAAUGAAUCAACAUAUGCCGAUUAUCUAUGUUCAGCUCUACACAUAUCAGAUUUGCCGGGCACUCAACUACUUGCAUCGUGCAGUUGGGGUGUGUCAUCGUGACAUCAAGCCACAAAAUCUGCUGGUGAAUCCCCACACUCACCAGCUAAAAAUAUGCGAUUUUGGAAGUGCAAAGAUGCUGGUGCCAGGCGAACCCAACAUAUCGUAUAUAUGCUCACGGUACUACAGGGCCCCUGAACUUAUAUUUGGGGCUACAGAGUAUACAAAUGCCAUUGACAUGUGGUCUGUUGGUUGUGUUAUGGCAGAGCUUUUACUUGGCCAACCACUAUUUCCCGGAGAAAGUGGAAUAGAUCAGCUGGUCGAGAUAAUCAAGAUUCUUGGGACGCCGACCAGAGAAGAAAUACGGUGCAUGAAUCCUAAUUACACGGAAUUCAAGUUUCCCCAAAUUAAAGCUCACCCAUGGCACAAGAUUUUCCAUAAGCGGAUGCCACCUGAAGCUGUGGAUCUCGUGUCAAGACUCCUCCAGUAUUCACCAAACCUUCGUUGCACUGCUUUGGAAGCAUGUGCACACCCCUUCUUUGAUGACCUGCGGGAUCCGAGUGUUUCAUUGCCUAAUGGGCGAGCAAUGCCUCCAUUGUUUAACUUCACUGCUCAAGAAAUGGCAGGUGCAUCUCCAGAGCUGCGACACCGUCUAAUGCCCUCACAUGCUACUAUCUAGGGAAUAUGAAUUGGCAGAUGCUCCAACAAAAAAAAAAAGAAAGAAAAAGAAGCGAAAGAGAGUGAGACUUUCAACAUCGGGUUGUAGGAUGUAUGAGAUAGUCUCUCUCCCACUUAUGAGAUCUCUCUCUCUCUCUCUCUCUCUCUCCCCCCUUAGGCUGAAAAAUUUGCAGUGUACAUCAAUUUUGGAACAAACUCUGUUUUCUUUGGCUUGGCUGCCUCCUCCUUACCCUACCCUGUUUCCAAGCUUCCUGGAGGAGUUGGCAAAUCUUAAACCAAACCAAAAAAAAAAGUAUGGUAGGAAACAUGGGUAUUGAUGGAUGGGGAGUCUCUCUCUCUCUCUCUUCAAAUUUUAUUUAUUUUUCUUCUUUUGUGUUUUUUUUUUCCUCUUCAUUUUUACAUUGUUGUGUACCACCAAGUUUAUGCUUGUAAUCCUUCAUGUAUACCAUUACCAGUUGUUUUUUUUUUUUUUUUAAGAAGAAUCAAUUCUUGUUCUCUCA